AUGAUUCUUAUCCAGAAGAAAGAGAAAGACGAAGAAGAAGAAGAAGAAGAAGAAGAAGAAGAAGAAGAAGAAGAGAGAAGCAGUGAUUCAGGGCGUUGUUUUUAUAGUAAACAUUUGGUAUCGAAGCUCCAUCCUGUCAACAGGGCAGAAGCAACAACCCCCCCUUGA